AUGUCUGGCUGGGGCUGGAAUAACUUGUUUGGAGGCAGCGCCGCUGCGAAGAAAGAUGCGCCUAAGAAUGCUAUCCUGCGGUUGAGGAGUACGUUGGAGAUGCUGUCCAAGCGAGAAAAGCACCUACAGAACCAAAUGGACGAGCAAGAUGCGAUAGCGCGCAAGAAUGUGACUUCGAAUAAAGCCAUCGCGAAGGCUGCGUUACGACGGAAGAAAGCUUUUGAGCACCAACUCGAGCAGACUAGUGCACAGAUGAUGACUGUGGAAAGGGAGAUUUCGUCUAUCGAGACCGCCAACAUCAACAAGGAGACUUUGGACGCAAUGAAGGGCGCACAGCAGGCAAUGAAGAAGAUCCAUGGAGAUCUGUCGAUCGAAAAAGUUGACCAGACCAUGGAAGAUUUGCGAGAACAGCAUGCGAUCGGAGAGGAAAUUGCCGAUGCACUUACGCAAGGCAACCAAAUGCAAGGCGUGGACGAGGACGAGCUGGAGGACGAGCUCGCAGAACUGCAACAGGAGGAGCUGGACAACAAGAUGCUCAAGACUGGAAAUGUGCCAGUCUCGGACCAGAUAUCAAGAUUACCCAACCAACCGGUGGGGGAAAGUGAGUCACAUUCUCACCUCGCCGAAGGAAACGACGAAGAAGAGGAGCUGCGGAAACUGCAAGCCGAAAUGGCCAUGUAA